GCCAGAGCAGGAGGCGGCGGCCGCGGGAUCCCGCGAGCGGCCCCCGGACUUCUACCCUCGGUGCCGGGACCCUGCCGGUCCCCACUGGCCGCCGGGCCAAUCCUCACCAGGCCGGUGCUGACCUCCCCGUCCACGCGCAUCGGGGAAAGCCGCGCCGCUAGACAGACCCCGGUCCUCCGGGACCCCUGGCGCCUGGCCCUGCGUCGGGAGGCUUCACCAUGGCGCCAUUCCUGCGCAUCUCCUUCAACUCCUAUGAGCUGGGCUCGCUGCAGACAGAGGAUGAGGCAAGCCAGCCUUUCUGUGCUGUGAAGAUGAAGGAGGCACUCAGCACAGAGCGAGGGAAGACCUUGGUACAGAAGAAGCCCACCAUGUAUCCUGAGUGGAAGUCAACAUUCGAUGCCCACAUCUACGAGGGCCGUGUCAUCCAGAUUGUGCUGAUGAGGGCAGCUGAAGACCCGCUGUCUGAGGUGACCGUGGGCGUGUCAGUACUGGCCGAGCGCUGCAAGAAGAACAAUGGCAAGGCGGAGUUCUGGCUGGACCUGCAGCCUCAGGCCAAGGUGCUGAUGUCUGUGCAGUAUUUCCUGGAGGAUGGGGAUUGCAAACAGUCUAUGCGUAGUGAGGAGGAGGCCAAGUUUCCAACCAUGAACCGCCGUGGAGCCAUUAAACAGGCCAAAAUCCACUACAUUAAGAACCACGAAUUCAUCGCCACCUUCUUUGGACAGCCCACCUUCUGCUCUGUGUGUAAAGAGUUUGUCUGGGGCCUCAACAAGCAAGGCUACAAAUGCAGACAAUGCAACGCUGCCAUCCACAAGAAAUGCAUUGACAAGAUCAUCGGCCGCUGCACUGGCACUGCUGCCAAUAGCCGGGACACCAUCUUCCAGAAAGAACGCUUCAACAUUGACAUGCCACACCGGUUCAAGGUUUACAACUACAUGAGCCCCACCUUCUGUGACCACUGUGGCAGCUUGCUCUGGGGACUGGUGAAGCAGGGGUUAAAGUGUGAAGACUGUGGCAUGAAUGUGCACCAUAAGUGCCGAGAGAAGGUGGCCAACUUGUGUGGCAUCAACCAGAAGCUCUUGGCUGAGGCCUUGAACCAAGUGAGCCAGAGAUCCUCACGGAAGCUGGAUUCAGGACCAUCAGAGACUGUUGGAAUAUACCAGGGAUUUGAAAAGAAGACAGGAGUCUCUGGAGAUGAUGCCCUAGACAACAAUGGGACCUAUGGCAAGAUCUGGGAGGGUAGCACCCGCUGCAACAUUGAUAACUUCACGUUCCACAAAGUGCUGGGCAAAGGCAGCUUUGGCAAGGUCCUGCUUGCAGAGCUAAAGGGCAAAGACCAAUACUUCGCCAUCAAAUGCCUGAAGAAGGAUGUGGUGUUGAUCGACGAUGAUGUGGAGUGCACCAUGGUGGAGAAGCGGGUGCUGGCGCUCGCCUGGGAGAAUCCCUUUCUCACCCACCUCAUCUGUACCUUCCAGACCAAGGACCACCUGUUCUUCGUGAUGGAGUUCCUCAAUGGGGGUGACCUGAUGUACCACAUUCAGGACAAAGGCCGCUUCGAACUCUACCGUGCUACGUUUUAUGCGGCCGAGAUCAUCUGCGGGCUACAGUUUCUACACAGCAAAGGCGUCAUUUACAGGGACCUCAAGCUGGACAAUGUGAUGCUGGACCGAGAUGGCCACAUCAAGAUAGCCGAUUUUGGGAUGUGCAAAGAGAAUAUAUUUGGGGAGAACCGGGCCAGCACCUUCUGUGGCACCCCUGACUACAUCGCCCCUGAAAUCCUGCAGGGCCUGAAGUACACAUUCUCUGUGGACUGGUGGUCCUUUGGGGUCCUCCUCUAUGAGAUGCUCAUUGGUCAGUCGCCCUUCCAUGGUGAUGAUGAGGAUGAACUCUUUGAGUCCAUCCGGGUGGACACGCCACACUAUCCCCGCUGGAUCACCAAGGAGUCCAAGGACAUCAUGGAGAAGCUGUUCGAGAGAGAGCCAGGCAAGAGGCUGGGAAUGACAGGGAACAUCAGACUUCAUCCCUUUUUCAAGACUAUCAACUGGGUCCUGCUGGAGAAGAGGAAGGUGGAGCCACCCUUCAAGCCCAAAGUGAAAUCCCCUGCAGACUACAGCAACUUUGACCAAGAGUUCCUGAGUGAGAAGCCCCGCCUCUCCUACAGUGACAAGAACCUCAUCGACUCCAUGGACCAGGCAGCCUUCCGUGGCUUCUCCUUCAUAAACCCCAAGUUUGAGCAACUCCUGGACAAGUGAGCUUCCCAACCUGCUUUACAUGCCAGUAGAGCAGGCCAUUCUGCCCUGUUCCGCAUCCGCAUGCCCGUGGACAGCCGCGGGUGACUGGGUGUUUGCUGCUGCUGCCUCCUCACCCUCAGAGGGUUCGGCUCUUGUUGCCUGGGCUCCCAGUACUCCCUCUGUGAACUGUUUGUGAAUUUGCUUUCCCUUUGCCGUCCGAGGGAAACUGUAAAUCCUGUGUUUCAUUACUUGAAUGUAGUUAUUGAAAUAUAUAUUAUAUAUAUGCACAUAUAUAUAAUAAGCUGUAUAUAUUGCUUAGUAUAGAAAGCAUGUAGGGGACUGGUAAUGUGUUGACUUUUUUUAAAAAAAUAAAAAGCAUGUAUGUGUAUGUAUAUGUUUAUAUACAUACUUAUACAUAUAUAUGUAUGUGUAUAUAUACGUGACCAAAAGAAAAAGCACAAGCUGUCUGAACCACAAGGUUCUUUUAUGUGUAUCUAAAUAAACACUGAAUGGUACCAACCUGGCUGUGGGGACAUUUAUGUCCCAGGAAGCUGGUGUCAGGUGCUCCUGUUACUUUUAACUGCA